AUGUCACAUCUGGAAACUCCUAGCUACUCUAUAACAGACGCUACUGUCCAAGUCACCCCGUUCAACAUGACCGGGUCUCCAGAAAACGAGGCGAUCAAGGUCAUCGGCCGCGAUAUGAAGGCCUUGGUCAGAAAGAUACAAGACCUCCGUCAUAUCGGCAUAGAAGAUAACAAGAUUGCUCUGCCAAAGAUCUGCGUUAUUGGAGACCAAAGUACAGGCAAGAGUUCGCUCAUCGAAGGCAUGUCCGAGAUCAAGGUUCCCAGAAGCGCUGGCACCUGUACAAGGUGCCCGAUGGAAAUUAACCUCUCUGAGAGUGAGCCUGGCCAGCCUUGGGCCUGUCAGAUUUUUCUUUCAAGGAAGUACAUGUACGAUGGCUCGCGAAAGUUCAAAGUAACCAGAAAAUCUCAGCCACUUGGCCCGUGGAUCGUACAAGACCAAGAAGACGAGCAUUUUGUCACGCUGUCCGACCGAAAUCAGGUUCAGGAAGCCAUUAAAUGGGCCCAGAUAGCUAUCCUCAAUCCAGGGCAACCUUCCAGGGAAUAUAUUCCAGGGGAGAACACAGGCACCAGUACACAUUGUCAAGUCAAGUUUUCGCCUAAUGUGCCUGACCGGAUACAAUCAGGCGAAUCGUACUCACAAUGGGUACAAAUCUUAGAGGGUGACAAAUUUAAACUUGGAUAUGGUUACUACGUUGUUCGCAAUAACCCAGACCCAGGAGUCGAACAUUCGAAAGCCCGAGAGGAAGAACUUAACUUCUUUGCUUCAGCUCCUUGGUCAAAUGAUGAGCUCCUUCUCUAUAAAGAUAGAUUCGGCACAUAUUGUCUUCAAUCCGCACUUUCAUAUCUCCUACUAGAGCAGAUACAAGGUUGCCUGCCGAGGAUCAUCGAGCAAAUUGACGCAAAGGCAGCUCGUAUUAAUGAAGAGCUUGAACAACUUCCCGACCCACCUGCCGCGAAUGUCCUGUACAUCUUGUGCAAACUGCUUCACGACCUGGGUGACAGGAUCCGCGCGAAUUUUGAUGGAGGGACUUCUGAUUACCCCCUUUUGAAGAUUUGGGGACAUAUAGCGCAGGACUUCAGAUCAGCAUUACUCAAAACGCGCCCCACAGUGUCACUUCUAUCACCCUGUGAUCGAACUUCGUUUCCAGUUCAACUGGAUGGAGACUCGGACUGCGAAAUGACAUCGGCACCGCAACCAAUGAAGCGCAAGUCACCCAGUAUCCCUCCCGAUGAGCAAACGCCAAAGCCUAAACACUUUGGAUAUUGUACAAAUCACUUCGAGAAGUUUGUCGACCCUAUCCGAACGUUCACCUGGGAAAGCAUACGUGAGAUCAAUGAGGACUCAUGCCGUGCCGGAAUUCCGGACCAGGCUGAUCCCAAGGCCUUAGAGACGCUAAGAAAAUUGAGUGUACAGCAUUGGGAUGGGCCUAUGCUCGUAUUUCUGAAAGCUACCCAUCAUCUAGUGAAAGAAAUGCUACUGAAGCAGCUCAGGGAAGUAUUCUCUCAGUACCAUCAGACCACCCUCUACAGGGAGCUGAAGAGAAUAAUAGAGAAGUAUCUCGGGGAGCUUCAAGAUACGCAUACCCAGUACGCACUCGAAAACUACAAUAUUGAGUGUCACAAACCGUUCACAAUGGCUACCACACAGCUAGAAAAUGCUGCCAAGUCCGCGCUUCAAUUUCUGACGGCUCGGCGCCACCUGGCUAGGGCCAACAGCUACCUUGAACUACAGGGAAAGUUUUCAGAAGGAGACCCGCGAUGGGAAACUGAGCUGAAGAAGCUGACUGUUAAUGAGCUCGGGCCCGACAAGUUUACCCAAGAAGUUAAGAUGAUGGCCUCUACUAGAGGCUAUUACGAGGUAGCUAGUUCACGAUUCGUCGAUUCUACCUGUCAGGGCAUUCAUACCAAGCUUUUUUCAAAGUGCCGGGAGGAACUAGUCGCGGUCAUCGAGAAGGAGCUAGGGAUAUCAGAAGAAAAUGGUAUGUCACUCGAGCGAUGCCAGGAGCUCAUGGCUCCAGACCCUGAGCGUCAGCGUCGCCGCCAAUAUCUUCUGAAAGAGCACAAGAAGGUCACCCAAGCGCAGCAGUGGCUUUCGACUGUCAAGAAAGAGGACGAAGAAUACCCCUUCACUUUUCCUGUGGCCUUCAAAUCCCCAACUCCGGAGAAACAUCUCCAUGGUGUUCAGUUGGAUAUAGGUUAG